AACAACUGCUUCUCUUGAAUGAAAACAUGAGCGUUGUAUCGAGUUUGUUAAAAAUCUUUCCAGAACCGCUGUUUUUCAGUGAAAAUAAAUCCAUUCAAAUAAGAAAUCUCUAUCGUGAUGUGAUAACCCGAGUGAUUGAACCUGUGGGAAGUGGAUUGAUGGAUAAUAGCAACUUGAUAUGUGCGCGACAGAAUCUUACUCGGAUUGGCGUUCUGUAUGACCUGGUGUAUGGGAAUUUACACACAGGAGAAUGGCACGCUGUACCUCAGGAAGAAAGGGAGGUAUUCACCAUUGUCUGUUUUCUUCGGAUUGUUUAUAUGCUUUUAUGCUCAGAUGAAAAGACUGAUUAUUUAGAAGACGCUAUUUACAUUGCCGAUAUUGGUAUAAUGCUGGGAUCGAAAGUAACUGCGCAUCUAGAUGGGAAAGAAUGUGAUCUGCUCAGCGAAGUAGCAUCAAUGUUGUCAAAAACAAGAAUGAGAGAUUCGCAUGAGCCACCACUAAAAAAACUGAAAAUCGAAACGGAUAGCAGUGAACGAGUUUUAUGUGAUAUUCCCGUAAUAAACCAGCCAACCAUAGAAUAUUUUGGCUCGCAGCACUACGAUAAGCGGGAACCGGCACUGCUCCGGGGCAUCAUCGAUGAUUGGCCAGCGAUGCAGAAGUGGCACGAUCCCAAUUACCUCGUUGGGCUGGCGGGGGAACGAACUGUCCCGGUGGAAAUGGGCUCACAGUAUAGCAGCGAUGAUUGGUCCCAGCGGUUGAUAAAGUUUAAAGACUUUAUCGUUGACAAUUUGACGGACGCAUCACAUGCUGAAACUGGACAGAAACGUGCAUAUCUGGCGCAACACGAGCUGUUCGAUCAAAUCCCGGAAUUGAGGAAGGAUAUACACGUGCCGGAUUACAUUGGGAGGACGGAUGUUAAUCCGAGGAUUAAGGCAUGGUUGGGACCAAAAGGAACCAUUUCACCGCUGCAUACCGAUCCGGGUCAUAAUCUACUGUGUCAGGUAUUCGGAAGUAAAACAAUUAUUUUGGCUUCCCCGGAGGACACCCCAAAUCUGUACCCACACGAGCAUUUCAUCCUGAGCAACACUUCCCGAGUGGACGUAAAGAAUGUGGACUACGACCAAUUUCCCCUGGUUCGGGCGGUUAAGCUGCGUCGGUUAGUGCUUCGGCGGGGAGAGGUCCUGUACAUUCCACCCGGCUGGUGGCACUACGUGGAAUCUCUCGCGGCAAGCUUUUCCGUUAGCUUCUGGUUUGAAUAGAUGCAGAAAAAGAAUUGGUACUUGGUUGAAAUAUACAUAAACUAA